CUCUCUUCCGGUUACAUUUGACAACAGAGCCGUCCCAGUAAAGCUAAUUUACUCUAGCAUCGUUUACUGAAGAUUCACGAAUGCAGAGUUAGUAGUAACCGGUGACAAUGAUUCCGUACACAGUCAACAUUAAACUAGCGGCUCGGACAUUGACUGGCACCCUCAAUUUGCAGAAUAAAACCGCAGUUGAUUGGGGCUGGCAGGGCCUGAUAGCACAAGGAUGUCACUCCAGCAUCCUCAUCAUUGAUCCAAAAACUGCUCAGACCAUUCAGGUGCUGGAGAGACACAAAGCCAAUGUGGUCAAGGUGAAAUGGUCCAGAGAAAACUACUACCAUAACUUGAGUGCACCAUACUGUCUGCGAUUGGCUUCUGGAGACGCCUCAGGAAAGAUAAUCGUGUGGGAUGUGGUCAGCGGCACCGCUCACUGUGAGAUCCAAGAGCACUCCAAACCCAUCCAAGACUUGGAGUGGCUGUGGAAUCAGGAUGCAUCUCGUGACCUGCUCUUGGCUGUACACCCACCCAACUACAUUGUGCUGUGGAAUGGAGACACAGGCACCAAGUUGUGGAAGAAGAGCUAUGCUGAGAACAUUCUCUCUUUUUCCUUCGACCCCUUUGACCCCUCCAACAUGGCCUUGCUUACCAGCGAAGGAAUAGUCUUCAUUACAGACUUCUCACACUCCAAACCACCAGGAAGUGCAGGAAAAAAAGUCUACAUUGCCAGCCCCCAUGCAAGCCCUGCGCACGCCAAACCAGCACCUGCUGCUGCGCCAGCACCCACUGGUGCCAAAAAAGCCCUCAACAAAGUGAAAGUGCUGAUCACCAAUGAGAAACCAACUGCAGAAGCGGUGACAUUGAAUGACUGCCUCCAGUUGUCCUACCUGCCGUCCAAAAGGAACCACAUGCUGCUUCUUUAUCCUAGAGAAAUUCUCAUCCUGGACCUGGAGCUCAGCCAGACUGUGGGUGUGGUGGCCAUAGAGCGAUCUGGCGUCCCCUUCACCCAGGUAAUUCCCUGCGCUCAGCGGGACGCUCUGUACUGCCUGCAUGAAAAUGGAUGCAUCACUCUGCGAGUGUGUCGCUCCACUUCUGCGCCGGAGGAAUCAGCAGACCCAGAACAGAGCGUUCAAGAGCUUGUUUACGACCUGAGAUCUCAGUGCGAUGCCAUCCGAGUCACCAAGACAGUCCGGCCGUAUCGAAUGGUUAUCUGUCCUGUCAACGAAAACAAAGCAGCUCUCACUGUAAGCGAUGGCAGAGUCAUGCUGUGGGAGCUGAAAGCCCAUACAGGGAGGUCCACUGCAAAUCCUAGCUCGGGUCUAUCUCCUCUCUAUUCCCCAGUCUCAUUUUGUGGAACUCGCUUGGGUCCAAACCAGAAAAGUGUUCAAGACCUGUCACUCAACAGCAUGAUCGGUCAAACAUUGAUCGCUGGCGAGGCUCCUCUGCAGUCGUCCAACCAGCAAGAAGUCCAACUGAAGUUCCUACUGACUGGUCUACUUUCUGGUCUUCCGCUUCCACCUUUUGCCAUCCGCAUGUGUCCACCGCUGACCACAAAGAACAUCAACCACUAUCAACCCAUGCUGGCGAUCGGAACCAGUAAUGGCUCAGUUCUGGUCUAUAACCUCACCAGUGGGGUUCUCCACAAGGAGCUCAGUGUCCACUCUUGUGAAGUCAGGGGUAUCGAAUGGGUGAGCCUCACCAGUUUCCUCUCGUUUGCGACGUCUUCUCCAAACAACAUGGGCCUUGUCAGAAACGAGCUGCAGCACGUCAACCUGCCAACCGGGAGAUGCUUCGCUUUCAGAGGAGAGCGAGGAAACGAUGAGCCGCCCAUUGAAAUGAUUAAAGUGUCUCAUCUAAAACAGUACCUGGUGGUAGUAUUCAGAGACAAGCCGCUGGAGUUGUGGGACAUCAGGACCGGGACACUGCUCCGAGAGAUGGCCAAGAAUUUCCCCACAGUCACUGCACUGGAAUGGUCACCGUCUCACAACCUCAAGAGUCUGAAGAAGAAGCAGAUGGCUGCAAGGGAAGCCAUGGCGCGGCAGACUGUGUCAGACGCUGAGCAGAGCAGUGUCGAGUCCUCUGUGAUCAGGUCACAACUCCUUCUGCAGGAUGCUGAGAGCAAGUCGGAGACGAGCCAGGCCAUUUCAGCCCGGGAGCAUUUUGUGUUCACUGACACAGAUGGGCAGGUGUAUCACAUCACCGUGGAGGGCAACACAGUCAAAGACGGAGCACGGAUUCCACCUGAUGGGAGUAUGGGAAGUAUCGCUUGCAUCGCCUGGAAAGGAGACACACUGGUGCUUGGAGACGUCGACGGGAACCUGAACUUCUGGGACCUCAAAGCUCGUCUGUCAAGGGGUAUACCCACUCAUCGUGGCUGGGUGAAGAAGAUCCGCUUUGCACCAGGAAAGGGCAACCAGAAGCUGCUGGUGAUGUACACUGACGGAGCCGAGGUGUGGGACACCAAAGAGGUACAAAUGGUGAGCAGCAUGCGAAUCGGCCGCAAUGUCAACUACCGUGUCCUUGACAUCGACUGGUGCACAUCCGACAAAGUUGUGCUGGCCUCAGAUGACGGCUGCAUCCGGGUUCUGGAGAUGGCGAUGAAGUCUGCUAGCUACCGAAUGGACGAACAGGAUUUGACAGAUUCAGUUUGGUGUCCCUACCUUCUGCUGCCCAGAGCCGCUCUAACACUGAAAGCCUUCCUGCUGCUGCAGCCGUGGUCCGGAACCUUCACCAUGGACAUCACUCAAGUAGACUACAACGAGAAGGGGGAGAUAAAGGGCUUGAUCCAGGAGCAGCUCAAUUCCCUGACUAAUGACAUGAAGAGUGUGCUGCAGGACCCGGAACUCAGCCUGCUGCAACGCUGCCUCUUAGUCUCAAGGCUCUUUGGGGACGAGUCUGACCUUCAGUUCUGGACCGUGGCCUCCCACUACCUCCAGUUGUUUGCCCAGUCUCGUCAGCUCAGUGUGUCCACAACAGAAGGGCAGAGUCAAGGUGAAGCAGCACAGGCGACUCCUCAGAACCACUUGGACAUCUGCCACGACGUGCUUUGUGAAAGCUCCUACUUUCAGAAGUUCCAACUGGAUCGUGUUCACCUGCAGGAGGUGAAGCGCUCAAGUUAUGAACACACCAAGAAAUGUGCUGACCAGCUCCUCCUGCUGGGCCAGACGGACCGUGCCGUGCAGUUGCUGCUGGAGACCAGCGCAGACAACCCCAGCUACUACUGCGACUCUCUCAAGGCCUGUCUGGUGACCACCAUCACGUCCUCGGGCCCCUCGCAGUCCACCAUCAAGCUGGUGGCCACCAACAUGAUUGCCAACGGCAAGCUUGAAGAGGGAGUCCAGCUGUUGUGCUUGAUUGACAAGGCAGCGGAUGCUUGUCGCUACCUGCAGACCUACGGAAAGUGGAACCGUGCCGCCUGGCUGGCCAAGGUGCGAUUGAAUCCAGCAGAGGGCGCUGAUGUGCUGAAGCGAUGGGCAGAGCAUCUGUGCUCCCCGCAGGUCAACCAGAAGUCCAAAGCCAUCCUGGUGCUCCUCUCUUUGGGCUGCUUUUAUAAAGUCGGCGAGAUGCUCCACAGUAUGAGGCAGUUUGAUUGCGCUGCCCUGUUCAUCGAAGCAUGUCUGAAAUACGGCGUCAUGGAGGCCAACGACUCCACCAAUAAGCUCAUCGAAGCUUCCUUCCUGGACUACGCGCGCAUGCUGCGCUCGCUUGGGCUGCGGGAGGGCGCCGCUCUGUGGGCGUCCCGGGCCGGUACCGCUGGGGAGCAGCUGAUGGAGGAGCUGUUCCAGGGAGAGGCCGGCAUCCCAGAGGCUCUUCUGGGGGACCCAGUUGAUCUGGAGAAGGAGAGCAGCGAGUGAGCCCAGGUUUGGUGGGAAGCAGGGUUGGGCAUUUCCAGCGAAUCUUUUAUCUCAUUCAGAAGAACCUGUCACUCAGGUGUGACGAGAAUUAGUUAAAGACUUGGCUGGGACCAGUGAGUCUGCAUGCAACCGCCCCAGUAGAAGCACAUUCCAUGCCCUCAUUUUGUGACACUUCUCCAUCAUUUAGGUUACAUUUUUAGACAGUUGGCUGUAUGUGACGCUUGUGUGCCUGUGUUACUAACCACAAAGUCAUGUGACGUAUGCGUACUGUGAAUUCACCCUGACUCUCACUUUAAACUUCUCCACUGAUUAUUUUUGCACUUAUAGUUUUACCAAAAUCAAAGUAAAUAAAUAAUGCAUGAGACAUCCCUUUAACUGUCGUGACCAUGCAGCACAUGGACCAAAUGACAAUGAACCUUUAUUACGACCCAAAUUGUCGUCGUCGUUUCGAUGUCAUCGUUUCAUUCCAAACGGCCGGAAGUUUAUCACAAGUACUUGGAUGUGACAUUCGAAUGCUUCUUGAAGAUUUUUUUUUUUUUUUUUACAUUGAUAUUGAUGUACAAUCUCCUCUAAUUUAAUGUCGGGCAAGUGGUGUACUGCAGCCUUUACAAGUAAGCAAGUACUUUUGUUUCACUGUUACACUACACCUGUCGAGUUUGAACUGUUGUAUUAGAAGUACAUUCAAGAUCAAUUCAGUUGUUGUCAGUGGAAAGUCCAAUUUUGUCUCAACACCUGCCCAGGUAAGGGAUCUUAACUAUCAGUGAAUGUUAUGUUGACCGCUGCAGUCACACUUUGUUCAGUCGACUCUUCGUUGUUUUGGUCUCCAGUGUGACGCAGAAACUUGAUAUUCUUGAUGUUCAUGUGAUCUGUGGGACCCUGUAUCCCUAACCCCAGGCUAUUUCGGGUCCUUCCAUCUUUCCCCCGUGUUUAUGAAAUACACAUAUCUGCACUCAUGUCGAAGAACUGCAGUAUUGUCCAACACCUUGUGCUUAAGUCGCUGCUUAUUUUGUACUUCAAGUGUCGGACUACAUGCCUCGGACUGUGUUUUACUGUCAAAAAAUGGCGAGGUUGAAACAGAAAUGUAUCUGGAGAAAAUAUCUGUACAUAUAAAUGGCAAUAAAAUCAAUAUUAUUCCGUUUCGCUGUGGCGGUGUUAUAGUAUAUGG